AUGGCAGCUCCAGGUGAAUUCCCAGAGAUCCAAGGCGGCGGCAGUUUGAUGCUGGCCUGGCAGAUUCGAGGCAAGAAGGCUCUGAUUGUUGGCGGUGGCGAGGUCGCAGCCGGUCGCAUUUACCAUCUACUCAAUGCCGACGCCGUCGUGACAUGUAUCAGCCCGUCGGCCGGCUUACACCCUGAAGUGGCGUACCGCAUCGCCCAUGGGCAAGUCACGCACGUCGACCGGGUUUUCGUCCCCACGGACCUCGAUGACCCAGCCAUCUCCAUGGUCCUCGUUGCGAUUGACGACCCCGUGGCGUCCUCCGAGAUAUGGAAACUCUGCAAGGCGCUGCGCAUCCCCGCCAACAUCGCCGACGUGCCGCCCGAGUGCGAUUUCUACUUUGGCAGCAUCCACCGUGACGGUCCACUGCAGAUCAUGGUGUCAACAAACGGGAAAGGACCACGUCUGGCAAAUCAGAUCCGCAGGCACAUUGCAGAGAGCCUGCCGCCAAACGCCGGCGCUGCUGUGGAAAAAGUAGGUGCACUGAGGGCGCGGCUGAGGGAGAUCGCACCCGAUGCGGAGGAGGGACCAAAGAGGAUGCGGUGGAUGAUCAAGGUCAGCGAUGCGUUCACAUUUGAGCAGCUGUGCGCCCUGACGGACGAGGACAUGGAGAACAUCAUAGGAUACUACAUGGCCGAAGGUGUGCCGACAUUCAAGGAGAUUAUGGAUAUGAGGGCAGAGAAGAAGGAUAUUGAUCCUUCCGCGGAGGAAGAGGUAGGGGAUGUGGUUGAGGAUAUUGAUAGGAAAUUGCACACCUAG